AUGGCAGCGUCAGCAUUACCAAGCACAGAGAAGAGGUUUUUGACCUCAAAGUCCUCAGAUGGUGAUGAGUUUGAAUUGGAAGAAUCCAUUUCCAUUAAGUCAUUGAAGAUCAAGAAAAUGGUUGAAGAUGGAUGCGUCGUUGGCGGCAUCCCACUCUUCAAAGUAGCUGACAGGAUGAAACAUAAGUCGUUAAAUGCUGUUCAACAGAUAUUUAAUAUCAUUAGUGAUUUCUCACCAUAG